AUGGUCCUUCAACUAGCCCUCUUGUACUUUGAUAAAAUCUGCAAAAGCAAAGAUUCAUGUUCAUUAGACAAAUAUGAAGAAAUGACAACGGGCAAAACUGUCUUAGAAUCUAGGUCGUUAGUGUACGGUCCUCGUCAGUCUCCUCGUCAUCACCAGGUGAAUCCCCAGGUGGCGUUACUAGCUGAGGCAUUGCAAGUAUUGCUGGAUAAUGCGAAUGGAGCCGGUGGGGCUCAGGCGCAGCAGCCUCGCCGGGCACAGAUUCAACAGGAGGAGGUCCAGUUCAUCAAGGAUUUCAAACGCUUCGGACCACCCGUUUUCAACGGGGUGAGUGAGAGGCCUACUGCGGCUGAGGAGUGGGUCAGGGAGUUGGAAGCCCUUUAUGUGUAUUUGGGAUGCUCCGACGAAUUCAAGGUCCGAGGAGUAGUGUUUAUGCUUCGGGGAGAAGCAGUAAACUGGUGGGAGUCGGUGGCGGCAGCGGAGGAUCACGCCAACGCACCCGUCACAUGGGCGAGGUUUAAGGACCUACUCUAUGAGUACUAUUUCCCCGUGACUAUUGACAAGUUCAUUGACGGUUUGCGUAGGGAGAUCAAGGGGCUACUUGUUCUCAAGGAACCAACUACUUAUGCAGCAGCAUUCAGUUUUGUUCGGCAUGCGGACCUAGAGCUAGAAUCGUUAGGCUUUUUGCUGUCGGUAUCCACUCCGUCAGGAUCUGUGUUGGUCACUAGUCAAGUGAUGAAAGGAGGCCAGCUCUCUUUCGAUAGUCAGACCGUGGAGGUGAAGUUAAUUCAACUGGAUAUGCAAGAUUUCGAUGUGAUACUAGGCAUGGAUUGGUUAGCUGCCAACCGGGCUAACAUUGAUUGCUCGAAGAAGGAAGUUAGCUUUCGCUUGCCCUCCGGACAAAACUUUACCUUUAAAGGAGUCAAGGCCGGGGUCCCGAGGGUGGUGUCGGCAUUGAAGGCCAGCCAUCUGCUCCAGCGUGGUGUCUGGGCCUAUUUGGCUAGCAUUGUGGAUACAAGGAAGGACCUCCCCGGCUUGCCUCCGUCCCGCGAAGUGGACUUUUGUAUAGAGUUGCUACCAGGGACGGCUCCCAUCUCGAAAGCACCCUAUCGAAUCGCUCCGGCAGAGUUGAAAAAGCUGAAGCUACAGUUGGAAGAACUACUCGACAAGGGUUUCAUCCGCCCAAGCGUAUCCCCUUGGGGUGCGCCCGUGCUCUUUGUUAAGAAAAAGGACGGCUCUAUGCGACUUUGUAUAGAUUACAGGGAACUAAACAAAGUUACGGUUAAGAAUAAGUAUCCCCUACCACGCACUGAUGACCUUUUUUAUCAGCUUCAGGGGGCGAAGGUGUUCUCAAAGAUAAACUUGCGUUCGGGGUACCACCAGUUAAGGUUAAAGGAGGUCGACAUCUCGAAGACGACGUUCAGAACAAGGUAUGGGCACUAUGAGUUUGUCGUGAUGUCUUUUGGACUCACAAAUGCUCCGGCAGCCUUUAUGGAUCUAAUGAAUCGGGUCUUUAAGGAGUAUUUAGAUUCUUUUGUCAUCGUGUUCAUCGACGACAUCCUGAUAUACUCCAAGACUGAGCAGUGCCACGAAGAACAUCUCAGGCAGGUUUUGACUACACUACGAGGAAAUAAGUUGUAUGCAAAGUUUUCAAAGUGUGAGUUCUGGCUGGACCAAGUGGCUUUCCUAGGACACAUAGUCACCAGAGAAGGUAUUGCAGUAGACCCCGCCAAGGUAGAAGCUGUUAGCCAUUGGCCAAGACCUAGUUCAGUUACAGAGAUUCGUAGUUUCCUCGGCUUGGCUGGUUAUUACAGAAAGUUCAUCCAGAAUUUCUCUCGGGUAGCGGCACGGUUGACGCAGUUGACUCGUAAGAAUGCUACCUUCACUUGGAGCAGCGAGUGUGAGGAGGCUUUCCAAGAACUGAAGAAGCGUUUGGUGUCUGCACCGGUAUUAACUGUCCCCGAUGGGACGGGAGGUUUGGUGGUUUACGGCGACGCCUCGCGAAGGGGCUUGGGAUGUGUGCUGAUGCAACAUGGGAAAGUUAUAGCUUAUGCUUCUCGACAACUGAAGGCGCAUGAGCUUAACUAUCUCACUCAUGAUUUAGAAUUAGCAGCAGUGGUCUUCGCCUUAAAGUUGUGGAGGCACUACCUUUACGGAGAGAGAAUUCAGGUCUUCACGGAUCAUCAGAGUUUGAAGUACCUUUUCACUCAGAAGGAGCUUAAUUUGAGACAGGGGCGGUGGUUAGAGUUAGUGAAGGACUAUGACUGUGAGAUCAGUUACCAUUCGGGUCAAGCAAAAGUGGUGGCUGAUGCUCUUAGUAGAAGGGCGGCAAGUGUGGCAUCUCUGGUUGCGAUCUGCAGUCCAAUGCACAGCGAGUUGGAAAGCUUGGAGGUAGAGCUGACGGUGGAUGAUGUCUCCGCACGGUUGGCUCGACUCUCGUUGGAACCCAGUCUGAGGCAGCGGAUCAUUGUUGCCCAAAAGGAAGACCCUAGCUUGGCCAAAGGCUUUAGUUCUGCUUUCUCUUCUUGUUGUGGAUUGGAGGUGGAUGCAAGAACAGGUGUAACUGCUUUAGUUCCUUCGUCUGGAAGUGAGGGUCCAUCAUAA